UCCUCCUGUAGCGCGUGGGGGACCCACAGAGCAGGUUCGCGCGUGGAACCAGCACCGCUGCGGUACCGACAGAACACGGAGAACCGAACCCGAAACGGUCCGCUUUGUCGUCCGGCUUUUACUUUGAAAGGGCGGACCGGAGGCUCGCGCUGCGCUCCGUCCCGCUUGACUCAGACGGCGGACAGGAUGGGUCUGUGACCAGAACCGCGCGCGGACCGGAACAAUCUGCAGCGACGUGAGCAUGGCUGUGAAGGCUCUGGUUCUGUACGACUUCACAGCUGAACCCGGCAACAACGAGCUCUCGGUCAGAGAAGGAGAGACGGUGACUGUCAUCGACCAGACUGUCGGAGGAGGCUGGAUCGCAGCCCAGAACUCUGGGGGCCAGACCGGGUUGGUACCUGAGGGCUAUUUACAGGUUGGUGGUGGAGGAGGAGACUCCUGGUCGGGGGGCGGGGCUUACGUCAGGAACCGCGAGGGAUGGAACAGUCAAGCUUCUAAACAGUCCCCUCCAGGUGUGGAGGACGAUGACGGUGAGUGGGAUGACGACUGGGACGACCAAUCGGUGAGCAGUUAUCAUGGAAACGGCCACACUGAGGAGGAGGCAGGGACUUCUGGAAGGAGUUCCCACGGACACUCUGUCAAGAUCUCGCUCAACAAGUUCCCGUUCUCCAAAGGUCCGAGCCCAGAGGUCUUCCUGUUGGCCACUCCGCCUGUGAACAACAGAGACAGCCUUCCUGUCUAUAUGGGGGAGGUAGGACCAGUCUGGCUUUACCCGCCCUCUCCUCUGGACUGUGUCAUCGCUGAUCCAAAGAAGGAGUCCAAACUAUACGGACUGAAGAGCUUCAUUGAGUACCAGAUCACUCCCAAUACCACCAACAGACCUGUCAAUCAUCGCUACAAGCAUUUUGAUUGGCUGUAUGAGCGUCUGCUGGAGAAGUUCGGGUCCUUGCUGCCGAUCCCCUCCCUGCCUGACAAGCAGGUCACAGGGAGGUUCGAUGAGGACUUCAUCAGGACACGGAUGGAGCGUCUGCAGGCCUGGAUGACUCGGAUGUGUCGCCACCCGGUGGUCUCACAGAGCGAAGUCUUCCAGCUCUUCCUGACCUACAAGGACGAGAGGGACUGGAAAUCUGGGAAGAGGAGGGCGGAGAAAGACGAGACUGUGGGUCCCAUGAUGUUCAGUUUGGUUGAACCGGAGGCUGCAGAACUAGACAUGGCCCAGGUGGAACAAAAUUGUGAGCACUACAGUCGGUUCACCAAGUCGAUGGAUGAUGGAGUGAGAGAUCUGCUGGACGUUGGACACACACAUUGGAAGCGCUGCACCGGACCUCUGCCUAAAGAGUAUGAGCGGAUCGGCCGCGCCUUCAAGAACUUGUCGACUGUUUUCAACAGCAGCAAGUAUCCAGGAGAGGAGACGCUGACAAACGCCUUGACAGCAGCUGGAAAAACGUAUGAGGAGAUCGCUCAGAUCGUGUCGCAGCAGCCUCAGAAGGACCUCCACUUCUUGCUGGAGACCAACAGCGAAUAUAAAGGCUUGCUGGGAUGUUUCCCUGAAAUAAUUGCUGUACACAAGGCUGCCGUGGACAAGGUGAAGGAAGGCGAUCGUCUGGUGUCUGCAGGACGGAUCAGCAGCAGCGACAGGAAGCUGAUGAAUCAGCGCCUCAGCUGCAUGAACUACUCUCUGCAGGCUGAGAUGAAUCAUUUCCAUAGCAACCGCAUCUAUGACUACAACCGAGUCCUGCAGUUCUACCUGGAGCAACAGGUUACCUUCUACCAACAGAUUACAGACAAGCUGAGAGAAGCUCUGAGCCAUUUCAGCACCCUGUGAGGAUGGAGCCUGGCGACGUCACCGUCCGUUACUGUCUUAAAAACUUAAAAGCCUUUAAACCGUUUAACAAAAUAAAAGCCUUUACUGUUACUGAUGGGGAAAAUGAACACUGUACCUUUAAGACUACCAGUUUAUAUUCUGCUUUAUUUAAAAACUUUUUCACUCCUACUACUGAUGAUUUGUCAGAAACAAUAAAGUUUCUACCUUGUCACUCA